GGAGUCCAUCAGAAGCCUGAAGCUGGGGGAGUAGAGUAGGUGCUUGUGUCCCCUCUGCGGAGUCCGUCUGAAGCCCGAUCCUGCUUGCUUCUGGUUAUUAUGUUCCAAAGGGCACUGCGUGUGCGUGGUGCACGCGCAAGAGACGUCGUCAUCGGUCGCGGUACUGUGCCUAGGAAAAAGAAGAACAGGUCGGGGAAACUGGAGCUGCAUGUGGAACUGGGGGAGAGGCGUCGGUAGGAGAUGAAGCGGCAUGAAGGGGAGGACAAGAAAGAGGCAGAGGAACACGAGGAGGAGAAAAAGGAAUGUGAAAGCCUAAGAGGGAGGAAGCGUAGAGAGGCAGAAAGAGAUGGAGCUGGAGGAGGAGAAGAGGGAGGAGGAGGACAAAGGAGAAGUACGAGAAGAGGGGAAAGUACAAAGGAGGGAAAGGAGGGAAAAUUUAGAAGAGGAAAAGUUAGGAGAAAGGGUUGCGGGGGGAAAGCUAGGUCCAGAAAGGCAAAUGCAUAUCAGGAGGUGCGGGGCUUGGGUGGCGAUCUUCACGGGGUUAUUUUUGGGUGCAAGAACAGCACCUACUAUGAGUGUAUCAAUAAAAUGUUGUUUGGGCUGCCGGAGAAUCCUCAUUGGAGCUAUGUCCAGCACAUUGCGAAGGGGAUGCACUUGUUCCUCUUCAACUAUGAAACCCGGAUGUUGCAUGGUGUGUUUGAGGCGGCAGGUCAAGGGGACCUUUACAUUGAUUGUCAUGCGUGGACUGGUGGAGAUAAGGGGACAAAGUAUGCAGCUCAGGCAAGUGGUGCUCAUCGUAGAUUUUUAUCGGAUGUCAUUUACUUCUAUUCAGUGCCUUAUUGUCGGCUUGUGGUACUGCUUGUGGGGCUUAUGGUGAUGAUCUGGUGGGUGCAGUGGCUUUGAUUCUGUCAGAGCAGUCUUCAUUGGUGUCUUUUGCUAUUCUCUUGGGUUGUCCCUACAUUUUUAAAACUGCUAACGUGACAAAUCUGAAAUCCGGGCCGUCGUCGGUACUACCGGCCCACGGCCCAGAUCAACUGAAGCAUGUAACAAAUCUGCCAUCUGCGC